AUGUGUGAGGAUAUCGUGGAGGAAGGCAUUCUAGAGGCUGUGCAGCAGCUGGAGUUCGAGAAGUGGCGAGAUGCCGAGCUCUAUGACGACAUCAAGGAGAUGGCAAUUCAGAUUGGCUUGGAGGUCAACGAGAUGAGCAACUACGAGCGUUACGAGCGUGAGUUGCAGACCGGCAAGCUUCAAUGGGGCUUCAUUCAUUCCAGCAAGUUCUGGGCAGAGAAUGUCACGAAGUUCGAAUCGAACGACUUCCGGGCUUUGAAGUUGCUCGCAUCGCUGCUGCAAAGCCCAUCAACGGAUGCAACGACACUGGCAGUGGCAUGCUUGCCCCUCAGAUGCCUCAGAUUCUUACAGAUGCAUACAAAUCCAUACAGGACCAUUCACAUACUGUGUAAUGUUGUUCAUGUCAAUUGGCUCGGCCCUGACGGUCGAGAACGUGUUUGCUGCUUCGCUUGCUGUUUAGCUUGUGGCUUCGCCUGCGGUUGCGCUUCCGGGUGGCCUGCGGGUGGCUUGCAGUCAUCGCAGUCCGGCCGAGAGUUCAAGUCUGGGAAUGGAGCUGAAGCCGUCGGGCUGUGA